AUGCCAAAUAACCAUAAUGGCGGGCCUGUCUUCACUGAUGCCAUUAACAACACUUUGCAAAAGGUGAAAGUAGGAUGCUGUAGUGUGGAUGUCCUGAAACAACUUAUCAACGCAGACACUCCUGUGGACUUGCCGCUUGCUCCAGAAGCCCUUCAAAUGCCUAGUGUUCCAGACAUUUUCAUUGUCCCUUCAGACCUCACACACCUUGUGAAGGUUUUGAGCUUGGAGGGGACAAGUGAAGGAGGUGAAUUAGAUGCAGUAAAAGGAAGAGCAACUACUAUCAGCGGCAACGACAGGCGGUUGUACAACACACUGCAAGGAAGCUUGGAGGGAAAACAAGCCCAAAGUACCCUGUGAAUCAAGCAAACAGAAAAUGAAACUUGUAGAUGAAAUUUUACUAUAAUAUCCUUUUACAAAUCUUGUGCUUUUUAUAGACAUUUGAGUUUGCCCAGAGAACAUAUGCAUACUUUUUUAGAAGGUUGGUGGAUGAACUUAUUGGUCUUGAAUUUUUCAUGUUAGUCCUGACAUUUAGAGGAAGAAGAAAGUGAGCAAGGGAGACUUCGGAUGAUGAAACAAGGCAUGAUAGAAUGCAAUGUCUGUCAUUCUAAGAUGGUGAAUCCAUCCGCAAAGACAGUAUCAUGAGCUUAUGAUAGACAUCGAAGCAAACUUUCAAAAAAGCAUCAUGCACUCAAUGUUCUCUUGGUUGUUGGUGACUGCAUGUUAGUUGGCUUACAGCCGAUUUUGGUGUACAUAUCCAAGGUUGAUGGGGAGUUCAAUUUUAGCCCCAUCAGUGUUAACUUUCUGACAGAAGUUGCAAAAGUUAUCUUUGCACUUGUCAUGCUUCUAAUACAGGCUAGAAAUUAGAAGAUUGGAGAGAAGCCACUUCUUUCUGUCUCCAGCUUUGUACAGGCAGCUCACAACAAUGUGCUUCUUCCUGUUCCAACAUUCCUCUAUGCUAUUAAUAACUACCUAAAGUUCACUAGCAACCUCCUUCCAUGCCCUGCAGCCUCUCAAAGUUCCUGCAUUCAGGUUAUUCUAUUAGAAAGGAAAUUGUCAAAGGAGAUUGUCAAAGGAGAAUUUAGUCAUGGGUUUCUUCUAAUGUUG